AUGGAGAAGAAGACUUACUCCGUGGAAUGGUUGUCAGAGAGCAGUCACAGGAAUACCACUUACCCCAGUAUGGAUUUAUUGCCAUGCAGAGCUGGUACAUCCACCCUUCAGUAUCACAAGGAGUUCAGUACUCUGGGAAUGGAGAAACCAAGCAUAGCCACUAGUGGCAAUGAGAAGGAAAAUAACUCUGAACACACAUCAGCACUUUACUACGUCCAAGGAACUCAGACACAUGAUGGGACCACAUCUAGAAAGGCAUUGAAGGAAGUUUCCCUUUAUAGGCCAAGUCCUACCUCAGAGAAACGUCAGGGUUUGGACACAGACAGUGCUAAAAGCCCGGGAUGUCUUUCUGAAGAAGAGGCCACGUCCAGGCCACGUACUAAAUUCACCAAAGAACAGCUUCAGGAGUUGGAGAAGAGCUUUGAGGAACACAGGUACAUAGGAUCCAAUGAGAAGAAGCGGUUGUCCAAGGUGAUGAAGUUAUCUGAGACCCAGAUUAAAACAUGGUUUCAAAACCGAAGGAUGAAGUUCAAGCGUCAAAGUCAAGAUGCACAAGUAGAAGCUUUAUUUUCUGGAUUUUACAUGCCUUACUAUGGUUAUUCAGACUUUCAAACCCCAGGCUGCCCUGUCCGCCCUGAAUUGGCCACACCCCUUGCCCCCCCAGUAUCCAACCACCAUCAUGCAUCACUUUCUACUGCAAUGAUUACACCAAGAAAUCCUCCAUCAUCCAUGAUGCCACCCGUAAACUUUGGUUCUUACCCAUGUCCUUCAAUGCUUGUGCAUCCAUCAUUUAGGGAGUCAUAUGGGCUAAGAUAUUCCCCAUAUUAA